UAGCCCGCGAGCCUUGGCUCGCGUGGGGGCGCACAACAUCUUAGUUGUCGACCUUGGCUUUCGUUUCCAAAUUUUUGUCGCCUGUUCCGGGCGCUUUGAUCAGAUUGGUUCAGACAGGGUUGGGGUUCAGACAGGCGCUCAGCGCCGAGCUUUGGGUUCGAAGUUCCAUGGCGGCUCGCGGGCGGCUGGUCGCAUGAGUUUUUCGGUGUUGUGUUGUCAGUGGUUUCUGUGUUUGCAGGUAGUGGGUAGCCCUCGUGGUCGCCCUUGGCCCGGCGCAACGGCUGGCGCAUCGGUGCCUCGCCUGUGUGCGCCUCGGCGUCUUGCCUCGUGGCGCCCAGUCAGCCGUCGUCUCUGUCUGCGGUCUUCCUGGCUCUGCAGAUUUUAGCCCUGGGGGUUUUAGCUCGCAGCAUACGGUUCACGGACCGGUAGGCGCGUGGUGACCGCAGUCGGGUAGUCCCGGGUUUGGGGUGUGUGUGCACGGGCGGCUGUUGCCCGGGCGCCCGGGCGACUGUUGGCUCUUCUCGUCUCCGAGUGCCGCUGGGGCUUGUGUGGAGGGUCGGCCUGGGUCGUUGGUUGGACGGUUGGCGGGUGGUGCGCCCUUUGAGCGGGGCUGUGGUGUGCUGUGGCUUGGUGGUGUUUCGGCUUGGCUUCCGGUUCCAGACUAUCAGACAUGGGCCUUCGGGCCAAGACAUUGCGCGUCUCUGACGCCAGCCAUCGUCUUCGGACGUGAUAUUUGUGUGGUGCUUGCGUUUGAUGGGGCUGUCGGCAGACCACUGGCCUGUCGUGCCUUGUUAUGCGUUGGUGCUGCCGCCAAAAGACCUAAAAGUGAUGAGGGGUGUUACGUGGCGGUGGGGCUUUGGCGGGCUUCGGCUUGGCUUCGACUCAUGCGCGUAACGCUAUGAAGGUCGGCAGUCAACCAGGGGGUGGGUGUUUCUCUCUGGGCCGGAGACGGUCCCUCGCGGCGUGGGUACGGUGUGCCCCCGCUUGUCGGACUGUCCCUUCAAUUGUAAUUCGCAUCCAUAAUGAAAAUGGCGGCGCACUACUGCCGGCCGGGUUUUGCAUGGAUGAACGUGUCAGCACAUUUCGUACUAUCAAGUAACAUUGGAGUAAGCCGUUGCAUAGCAGGCCAGUCUAUCAGGAUACUUGUCGGCAGACGGGUCCACAUGUCCACAUGUCGGUCGGUGAAAGUGUGUUCCCAAGCCGGAUCAUUUUACAUACCGAU